CAUAUAUUAAAAUUAAGUUGUUAAUAAAAUUAAUAACUUUCAUCAUAUAAGCGAAUUUAAAAAAUCAUGUAAAAAGACAUCAUACUGAUAUGAUACGGAUUGAGAAGACAGAAAUGCCAAAAAAUCUAGUGGGCAUAAGGAAACUUUUACCCGAGGAGAUCUUACAUCUAAACAAAUUAAUUCUCAGAUAUAUAAUAAAGAAUAAUAUAUCUUUCCAUUCACUGAAUAGUGAUUCUUUCAGAGGAAUAUUUUCUUAUAUAUUUAAAAAUGAAAAAAUUUGGUCUCGUCAAACGGCCUGUAAAUAUAUUGAAAAGCUAUAUAAAAGUUCCAAAUUAAAUCUUAUCACUAAGUUAAAAAAUAUUGAUAGCAAAGCCAUCACCACUGAUAUGUGGACCUCAAUUAAUUCGUCAUCGUUUUGCGCAAUAACAUGCCAUUAUAUUAAUAAAAAAUGGAAAGUUUCCUUUUAGAUUUAAUUGAGUUACCAUAUCCUCAUAGUGGUGAGGAUAUAUCACAAUGUUUAUUAGAAUCUCUGGAUGAUUUUGAGAUUCAGGACAAAAUUAUCUCAAUCACGCAUGAUAAUGCACUAAACGUAAUAAAAGCUGUUGAAAAAAUGAAUAUAAUUUAUCAGGAAAAAUAUAAAACAGGCGUAUACAGCCACCGAUGUUUAGCACAUGUUAUAAAUUUGAUAGUAAAAGAGGGAUUUUCAUACCUAGACAAAAAGCUAAUUAAAAUAACUGAUGUUGUAAAGAAACUACAUUCUUCCCCCAAACUGUUACAAAAUUACAUGCAGCUAUCUGGUGGAACGAGGAUUCCGUUGGAUGUGAUAACCAGAUGGAACUCAAAAUAUAUAAUGCUAUCAACAGUGAACAAAAAUUUAGAUGCAAUUAAAGACCUUGGGAAAAAAUAUAUGGCGCCUUUCGAUAUAAAUGAUAGUGAGGCGAGAUCUUUAAACGAAAUUGAAAAUUUUUUAAAACCUUUUUAUAAAAUAACACUUGAAAUAUCGUCAGAUACUUCUACUAUUGGAACCUCAGUUUUAUUUAUGACAAAGAUAGAGCAGAUUUUAGACGAAACUUCGAAAAAUCAUCCCGAUAGCGAUCUUAAAAAAGCGGCUAUGGUUGGCCAUCGCAAAAAGUGAAUGUUUAUGACUUCUCAAAAGAUGAUAUGGAAACACAGCCCUAUUCGGUUUGCAUGCAUAACGAAAUGAGAAAGGAGGCUUAUGAAUAUCCAGAUCUCAGUAGAGAUGAAUUUAUAGAUUACAUCAAAGAACCGGUUGCACCAGCUUCAACCAAUAUACUUGAUUGGUGGGCCAAAAAUAGUGAUUUUUACCAAACGUUGUCGCUCAUAGCUAAAGAUUUCUUCGCACAACAAACAACAAGCGUUCCUAGUGAAAGAGUCUUUAGCAAGGCCGUUGAUUUUUUAACGAAGAAACGAAAUAGGAUGUCGGGGACAACCGUUAAAUAUUGUAUGUGCCUUAAUAACUGGGAUGUUAGAGAUAUAAUAUAAAAUAUUUCAUUUAUUAUCUAUAUUGUAUCUUAUUUAUUGUAUUAUGUUAAAAAGUUAUUUUAUGUUUACAAAAUAAAUAAA